UUUCAUAGAAAGCCCAUCUAUGUUCGUUCCUGAACCACUUACGGACGUCCAAGUUCUGAUGGCGAUGGUUCUCAUUCAAGGCGCGCAGUUCCAGCGCGAGUCGAACUAGAAAUAGACGACGUCGAAUUCAAAUUUCACUACUACCCAACUGAACGUGCAAUCGGAUUUGAAAAGAAGAACGGUGAAGUGCAGGUGAUUUUUAGGGUUUCUUUCUGGAUUGCAUGUUCGUAAAACUACCACAGAACAUCAAAGCAGUAAUUUCCGUUUCCAUAGCUCGUUCUUGUUUUCCAGAAUUCUCUCUUUGGAACCGGAGAUGUGUGAUGCGAAGGAGAAACAGGAAUCUGCACAGGAUGUUCCAGUUGCUUUAAGUGAAGGCAACCAAGUUAAUGCGAAAGAUGAGCUCCAUGAUUCUCUCUGUGUGACAGCUGAGGCAACUCCCAACUCAUGUGAAAAAGUGAUUGACUCACCUGAGAUUCUUGUCAAAACUGGCCCUGAUGAGUUGCCCCCAAGGGAGUUGGGUUUAGAUGCUGCUACUUCCAACUCUCACAUAGAAACUGUCCAGUCCUCCAUGGAUGCCAAAUCUGAGGCCUUUGAGAUGCCUGAAACUAAAACUGGUUCUCUUGAUCAUGCUUUAAUCGCAAAUCAUGAUGAACCUGUAACUCCCCAUCCAAUGCCAUCUUGUAUUAAAGCGGAAACAGAAAAUGCCAUAGGGUUGAAGCUCAAUGAAGACAGUGUUACUACACCUCAUAAUGGGCAUACAAAUAUGAGUCACUCGUUUAUUUUGGAUGAAAAUCAUAUUGCUGAAGGUAGUGAAUCCGGAACAGAAGAAGAGCAAUCUGCUUUCAUGAAGGAGCUUGAGAACUUCUUCAGAGAAAGAAGCCUGGAGUUCAAACCUCCCAAGUUCUAUGGAGAGGGUCUGAAUUGCCUCAAGUUAUGGAGGGCUGUGACUAGAUUGGGAGGCUAUGACAAGGUGACUUCAUGCAAGUUGUGGCGGCAAGUAGGAGAGUCUUUCAAGCCCCCAAAGUAUGGACACAAUUUAGUAAAAGCAGCUCUCCUUGAUUAUGAGAGGCAUAAAACCCAUGGUGGUGAACUUAGUGUACCUAUUGCUUCCAACUCAGAACCUAUGAGUAUUGAAAACCAGGGACCAGGAUCAGGUAGAGCACGAAGAGAUGCUGCAGCACGUGCCAUGCAGGGUUGGCACUCACGUCUACUGGGAAAUGGUGAAGUUAGUGACCCUAUUAUCAAGGAUAAGAACUCACUUUCAAUGCAGAAAAGGGAAAAACAACUUAAAAGCAUUGGUCUUCUUAAACGCAAGAAAUCAUCUUACAUGGAGCAUGCCAUGAAAUCAGCACGUACAAAAUCACCCAAACCACAGCUGGACGUAGCAGUAGUUGAUAUUGGACAACCAGCCGACUGGGUCAAAGUCAAUGUGCAGAAAACUAAAGAUUGUUAUGAGGUCUAUGCAUUAGUUCCCGGACUACUUCGUGAGGAGGUGCGUGUUCAGUCUGAUCCGGCGGGACGCUUGGUAAUUAGUGGUGAACCCGAACAUCCUGAUAAUCCAUGGGGUGUCACACCCUUCAAAAAGGUGGUCAGCCUACCGUCGAGGAUUGAUCCACAUCAGACUUCUGCCGUUGUCACCUUACACGGACAGUUGUUUGUUCGUGUUCCAUUUGAACAGUUGGAAUGAAGCUGCGACAUGCCCCACUUAAAGUUCGAUGUACAAACCGAUCUUGUAGUUCGAUAAUGUUAGAUUGUUUUAUAAUGUUAAUACAGUUUGACAGUGGCAAAAAACCGCUUAGCUAGGUAGGAAACAAGAUUUUGCUUUGUAAGAUCGUUGGUAGUGGUUAGUUGACAUCGAGGAGCUAUAGUUGUAUCUUAUGCGAAAGCCCCUUCUAAUCUAAGGUAAUAAGUUUACAAAUUA